GUUCCACCUCUCCUCAGGUUUGUGUUGCGUCUUUCCUUCCAGUUUCUGUUACACCACUCCACAUCUUCCCCUCCUGCAGGAAGCUACACAUACCCUUUCCACAGUCAUAGCUUCUCACAGAUGCCGGAUUUUGUGGAUCCGGGGGGAUACGGGGAGGUGUCUGGGCAGAUGGCAAUGCCUGGCGCGGUUGGCAAGACAGAGGCUGAGGAGUACAACACACUUGAUGAACCUGUCAGAGAAACUAUUAUGAGGGAUUUAAGAGCAGUUGGUACCAAGUUCUACCAUGUUCUGUAUCCAAAGGAGAAAAAAGCUCUUCUGAAGGAGUGGGACCUCUGGGGACCACUAAUACUGUGCACAUUCAUUGCUAUGAUGGUACAAGGAACACAAGAGGUUGACAAACAAGAUGGAGGGCCAGAGUUUGCACAAGUGUUUGUCAUUGUGUGGCUUGGUGCUGCAGUGGUCACCAUGAACACCAAACUGUUAGGAGGCACCAUAUCCUUCUUCCAGUCUGUGUGUGUAUUAGGCUACUGUCUGCUGCCCUCCUGCCUCUCUCUCAUCUUAUGUCGUCUCAUCCUCAUUGCACACCAGAACAGGAUCCUCUUCCUCCUCAGAUUUAUAGUCACCUGCAUUGGCUUUGCAUGGGCUACUUUUGCGGCAAUGGUCUUCCUGGGAGACAGCCAACCCAGCUCCCGCAAGAGUCUAGCAGUAUAUCCUAUAUUCCUCUUUUAUUUCAUAAUAUCAUGGCUCAUCAUUUCUCAUUCUAAUGUGUGAUUCAGGCACUACACUUGAGACUAUAUUUGUGUCCCAGAUUCACUGAUUAAGGGGUGAGUGUUUUAGGUAUUGUUAUAUUUGAGUAUGUUUUGUGUGUGUGUAAAUAUGCAUGACAUUAAUCACUGAAAGCCCUUUCACAUAUACAUUUAUUUUUGAUGACAAUGUUACUGUGCGCCUUCAUCUUGAACGGCUGGAGUCUUCUGUCUGAGUGUGUUUUAUCAGUAACUGAUAUAAGUUAAUUAUGAAUUGUUUCCCUAUGGUUAGGGGACAGGUAUACUCCCACCACUCUAAAAACCAAGGUUUUGGUAGGGUCAGUGCGGGGAUUCCCCUGUCUGUGGUGUGGCCAUACUUCCUAAAUCAGCGAUGUGUAAUUGUUGUGAUAUGUGUAAAAGAAAUUACAGAUAGGUAAAUAUAUACUACCACUGCAGUUUAAAGUAAAUAUUCUAGUAUGUCAAAGAAGGACAAACUUAAUAUGCAUAGAGUACCUAUACAACAACAAAGAAAUAUGGCAUACUUAUUUUACAAUGUUGCUGAAAAAAUAGCAUAACUUUUGCAGACUUCUUCCAUAGUUCUAAGGUGGGUAAGUAGUGAAACAGUUAUGUUUAUAAUACAGCUGGAAGGCAUAUCAGUAGAAUGUGUGCUUUAUUCAUAAUAAAAAUAAAUCUGUUAAAACCCUGGCAAGUAGCAACACUUAGGAACAUUAGUGAGUGGCAACACUUAGACCUACUUGAGUCACCUGUGUGACCUGAGAUGGGUCGGGUGCUUCCCCACACACUUGUGGUGUGGAAAUAAAAUCAAAAUUUUAGUAUGAGAGAGAGAGAGAGUAUUAUCUAGGAUCAUACUGUUAAUCAACAUCUCACUCAAUUCAUAAAAUUUUAUAAAAUGUGGUAUUCACACACACACACACACACACACACAGGUCAGGUCAAGGCAUGAUGAAGCCUAACAGUGUCAGGCCAUCAUUCACCAACCAGAGUAGAGGAAACAUGGCAAUACUGCAGGAAGGGAAAUUCCGGGCUUGACCCCACCCAGACCUUGGUUUUAGAGUGGUGGGACUAUAGCUGCACAUCUAGCAGCCAGGCUAUCACUAUAUUCAUUGUGCAUUGUAAAAAAUAACUAAAGUGAUUGAGUGAGGGGAUUGGGAAUCCUCACCUCUGUAUUUUUAUUUCCUUACUAGCACAAGAUAUUUGUGCUGCUUGGCAUAUGGAUGACUUGUUCCUUGGCCCUGUUUAUCAUGACACCCAAGAGCAGUGUAAACCAUGAAUCACAGAAUCAAAGAUCACCCAGUGAAGAGAACACAGCUCUUGAAAAUUGUCCUUUGACUACAAUCUGUUUAAUACCAUGGUCAUCUCCUUUCUCAUACACAAUCAAACAGUGCUCUCUAGCUCAGGACAUUACUUCCUUUCUGCUCCUUGGCAGGCUGAGACUCAAGUCCUGUCCAGGUAGCAAAAGUUUUAAAUGAACAAAUAGUUCCUGUCCUCAACCAGGGUUACCAUCAUUGAAGCAAAAUUUAAAGAGAUGACUGUUUUGUUUUGGCAUUAGCAUUCAAGUAUGUCCAUUUUAACUGAAAAGUUACGUGGGGAGCAAGCAACGAUCGCAAAUUAACAUACCUAUUAUCUUUGCAGUGAUUUGGAUUCUGACUUGUAAAGUUAGAUAUUCUUUGAAAUGUUGUCAUAGUCUUAUGGAAAAUGAUAUGGAAGCUAUCAUGUAUAAAAGAAUCAUAUAUAUAUAUAUAUAUGAAAAAAUUAAUUACUGAGAAAUAUUUUUUAGCUUCAGUUUUGUUUGAUUAUUGUGUUCAUAUACAUGACCUUUUGUAAUUCAGGUAUGAUUGAAUAAAUUAUUGAAACUGGUACUAAAUAUGCUUCUUUAAAUCAUAUUUGCUGUUCUUCCUUGUGGCUUAGUGACUUGAUGCACUUAAUCUUUAAUUCAGUGGCUUCAUGAUCCAGUACUGGAAACUGUUUUUUGCCUCAAGUGUUUCAAAUUGGUUGUACAUUGACACUAGGUGGUGUAAAUGAGCACCAACCAUCCUCUCUGGCAGCAGAACAAGAAAUGCCAGCCCCAGGUGAUGAGCUAGGGGUAUAUUUAACGGGGUAGAGAUCAGGCUUUACUUAGUGUCAUGGACUAAUGCAGUAGUUUUGUCCCCUGAUGACAAAUAGACAUGGCAAUACUGUCACUUAAUCAUACUCUUUCUUGCCGAUUCACCAACAUAUUUCCAUCUUGCUUUAUACCAUGUGCCAAAUUGACUUUUUACUCCUACUAAAAUCUUUAUAUAUUUGGAAGAAAGUGAAGUGUACAGGCACAAAUAUUAAUAUGUCUUACAAAUAAUAAGGAUUGUAGUAUGAAUAAAAAGUCAGUUUUCUACAUCUCAAUAAAAACAGUAGCAGUGUAGCUUCAGAUUUUGAAACCAACUUCAUUUAGCGUAUUGCUUUUUUUAAUCCAAAGCUUCAAUGUCAUAUUUGGAAAGUCAGUACUGUUUUAUCUUCAUUUUCCUUUUAUUAUCACUUUGCUGCUAGUACCAUAAUGCCUAACACACCAAUAAAAUAGUAUAUAUGCUUUACAAAAGGCUGAAAGUUUACCAAUGUCAAAACAGGACAUUUUAGUUGGAUGCACAAGAGCAGUGCAUCAGCAGCAUAGAUUAUGAAAAUUGUGUAUGUGUGCUGCUUGAAACACCACACCUAUCUCUGUGUGCCCCUCAUCUUUGUACCACCCAAUUGCUGGCAUCAUUGCUCUUGUGUGUCUUCUCCCCUGUAAUGGGCAAGGGACCCAUUGCAUCUGAAAUAUGAAUCAUUGCGUUACUUCAUAAUGUAAUUGAAUCAUAACCUUUUACGUAGUACAUGAAUAUCCUUGAAAGUGUGCACAUGUUUUUUGCAAAAUGCUCUCAAGCCAGUGAGGUACCUAAAUAGAAAUGGUUCUCAUUGUAUUGACCACUGUUCAAAUGUAUGGGUUUUCACUUGCACUGUUCCUUAGAUAUAUUCAUACAAAACUGGGUCUAAAGAUACAUGUGACCUAAGAUAUAUUUCUGUUGUUCAUGUACUGUUUGCUGCACCCACAGUUCAUAAAACUAUCUGGAAAUGAUUUUGUAUUCUGUAGACAGGUCAUAGGUGAAGCAGAUGCAUUUUGUUUAGGACUUAUGGUCUUUGAAUAGAAACUCAAGAAUAAUCUAAAAUGACUUUUCUAAUGAAUAACAAAGCUCAAAUUUUAGUGACUGACACAUCAGUGAGUUGCAGUGAUUCAUGACAGUGUUUUAUUAUUCAUUCUGGCAACUAGACUUAUAAUGAAUAUCGUCAAAUUAGAAAAAUCAUGAUAUUAAAGACCCUAGAAAAAUUGCUUUACUUUUGCAAUUCCAUACUUACUGCAUUAAGGACUGUAAAUAUAUAUAUUGCUUUUGUCAUUUUCAUCAUGUAGCAUUGUUGAUUUCUUGCAAUCAUGAAAAUGAUGCUGCCUUUCAGAGACUGAGGACCACCAGCAACCUGGAUAUUAGUUUAACUCUUCAUGUACCUUCAAGUAUACAUCUUCAUUAUUGUUGUUUUAUGUGAUCACCUUGCUACUGCUGUGAAACUGCAUUGAAAAUUGAGUUGAAAUUAUUUGCUCCUUACUUAUCUUCUGUUUUUGUGUGGUGAUAAUUAGCAGGCUACCAUCAGAUCAAUGGUGGCAGAAUCCAUCCCUCUUCUUGGUUUACUGUGUGUAUAUGUAGCUGUGACAUCAGAUGUGUUGCUGUUAAGAUAUUCUCAUUUGAAAUCCUUCAAUAGAGGAGUGCUAUUCUGGUAUGUGGAAUGUAUGAGAAAAAAAAGUGUGAGCCAUGUGAGUGGAAGUUUUUGCUGUAUACUAUAUAGAAGAGAGCAUUGUUAGUUUGUUACUUAUUCUUGUAUAUGGUGUCUUACUUAUGUGGUACAUUGCCACAAGGCUUAUAUAAUAAAGUCAUGAAUAUUAAA